GUUCGGGGAAUACGUCAUCACCAGGCGACAAAUGUGUUUUUGCUGUCCUACAAGCUACUGUCGAAGUAGCCUCUUCACCAAAUAGAGUUCUUGGUCAAGGUGACUGCUGUGACUUGUUGUCUCGAUGACAGCCUCCACUCGCAGGACGGUGUUGUCUCUGUACAUGCGGGUGUUUCGCAUCGCAAGAAGCUGGCAGGCAGAGAUUGGAGUUGUAGGUGACACAGAAACAGAGAAGAAAUACAUUCUCCAUGAGGCCUCCACUCUGUUCAGACAGAACCAGCAGCUCACAGAUCCAGAAACAAUAAAGAGGUGUGUAGAAGAAUGUGAAGCAAGGAUAGAAAUGGGUCUACAUUACAGGAACCCAUAUCCAAGGGCUAUGCACCUGCCUCCGCUGGGACUGGCAACUCAGAAAGGCAGGAAGCUGCGAGCGCAGCAGCGCCUGAGGAAGCAGGCCAAGCCGGUGUACCUGCAGUCACAUGACGACAGCUGAUGCUCCACAUCCUCGCUCCCCGCCAACAGUUCAAGUUACCGCGGGCAGGAAACCAGAGUGCAUUCACAAGCUGAUCUCCAGGGCUGAGUUGCAUGCACUCAAUGAUGCAAGAACACCCGUCAUUCAGGAAAAGCCAUUUGUCAUUGUUUUUUUUACUGUACAUUGUGACUUCUGAGUGUAGCGGAAGAGUCUCGGCUUCUGCUCAUAUCAGGAGGGCUGUAAAGAUGGAGUGACCCUUAAUAUAAGUUGUAUAUUUUAUUUAUUUUUUGUGUAAAGAUUGUUGUAAUAUAUCCUUCACAUUCUCUCACAACUAUUAAAAACAAAUAAAGUUG